ACGAAAAUAUUGGGACGAUAAUUUGUGCAGCGUGUCUUGUCAUCAACAUUGAAUUUGAUCUUUUUAGUGGAUGCACAUUCUUCUACUACCAGCAUUAUAAGCUGCCUUAAGGAGGAAAUACAGCGUAUUAUAUUUAAUUAACAGGGGAAGGCUAUUGAUGAAACAUGGAGGACGCCGCUGGGAAAGAUUCAAAAGUUGACAAAGAGAAAACGACUAAACCUUUAUUUAGGGCUGAUGUGAUUGCCUGGAUGCUUGGUGUUAUCUUUAUCUUUCUCCUGCUCAUAGCCGUGAUGUUUAUCGGACGUGCCAGGCGAUGGGACGCUGACUCAGGAUUUACACACAACACAAGUGAAACCUCCGAGGAGCGUUUCCUCUCAGAACCCUUCGUGGAGGAGCCCGGUGUCAUUGGCCGAUGCGGUAUAGGAGCCACAUCACGAUGGUACUACUGGAAACUGAAGCCCGUCGAGGUCUCUGCUCUCACCAGGAUUAUACCUUGGCUUUGUUACACCCUGCAUCAACUCUUCGUCUGGUCCUGCAUCUAUUACGCUCAGAAGAAGAAGACGGUUUACGCCGAUCCCAACGUCCCGCGGUAUUCUUCCAAGCUGAAUAACUUCAACUUGGUUGCCUUGAUAGGAAACAUGGUCUUCCAUCUGAUUCACCUUGGACAGACCCAUUGGACUUACGAUUCUCUGGCCCAGGACGUCUCAGGACCAAGCAACAUCGGCUCUGCCAUCAUUAUGCUCAUUUUCAUCCUAAUGUUGGAAUACCGAAAUCGCGGAAUGGCUUUCGGAUGGCCAUCUCAGGAUGACAAGGGUAAGAUAAGCAAUAAGAUGAGACUUCCUUGGGGUCCGCAGGCGAUGAUCCGCAAGUACCAUGGCUAUGUCUUUGCUUGGGGUGCUGUCUUUACCUUCUGGCAUCAUCCUAUGGAGAACACCAUCGGCCAUGUGAUGGGUUUCACGCACACCUGGAUGUUCUUACUGCAGGGGAGUCUGAUGUUCACUCAGGUCCAUCUCAACCGCUACUGGCGUCUCCUUCUAGAGGCUUGGGUAAUCAUCCAUGGUACCGUGGUAGCUUGGCAGACAGGAAACUUCCUCCCUACCCUCUUUCCCAUGUUCAUGUUUGGAUUCCUCUGGCUGUUGGUCAUGACGCAGCUUUUUGGUUUACCAUUCUGGCAGCACAUCCCAAAGUGGUGUCGCUUUGUUCCUUUUACGGUUUAUCUCAUCACCGGGAUAUGCAUCUACGGGUUUGUUCUACCAGACGGCGACGGACGAUACUGGGUGCGCCUAAACGAACUGGUGCGGAUUCCCGCCAUCGAAUACGUCGGGAUUCUUUUCGCUUGGUUGGUCAUGUGGUUCUUCUUGUGGAUCGAGAAAAAGAUCAAAGGUGACAAGUACGACGAACCGUUCCAACCCCCAAGCACUGUCGUCGAGAUCCUUUAUAUCUGUGGUGUUAUCUUCACCUACGCGAUCAUGAUGGCCGUUUCCAUACUCGUUCAGGCUUUAGAUUGGCAGGCCGACAUCAUCACUCUCUUAUUGUUCUUUAUGCUUUUCUUUUCGGUUGGAGUUGCCGUCACUUGUAUGCUACUACGCCAGAUUAUCAGACCAAUAAAUGACGGAAAGGUUGUCGACAACAAAUCUGCUGUAACCAUGAAAGUCGAACCGGCAUUUGUUAAUGAAGCAUUUAGCACUGAUGCUAGCGAUGACAUUCUCCCUAAACAUCCACUCCCUAAUGAUAUGAAGGUAUGAGCUGUAUUACCCCUAUUAAUCAAUGAUUAUAAUAAUCAUAUUGAUAAUAUUGUUUACCCGGGGUAGCCUCAUCAACUUGACUGUUGUUCUUCUUCCUGAAUGCCCUGCUUUUUGUACAUGUCUUUGAUCUCUCUCUCUCUCUCUCGAUAUAUAUAUAUAUUAUAUACAUACACAUACCCUUGUUGCGGCACAAAUUGUUCCUCUGCACUGAUAUACACUCUGCUAAUAUUAUGAAUGUUGGUGAUCUAUAUAAUGUAAAUAAGAUACCAAAUAAGUUGCCGGGCACAAUAUCACUUGCUAAACGCGUCCCUAAAUUCAUGAUAGGAUUUGAAACACAUUCAAGGAUGAAAGUAGAUUUCUGAAUAUAUUUGAAAAUUAUGUAUGUAUUCUUGAUGCAGUUAUCCAUACACGUACUUUCAUGCAAAUAUCAUAAAUGAGGGACUGGUUGCCACGCCCACGCCAGGAUAGAUAUUCUCAAUCUCUGAGAAGGGUGGCUCCUUAUCCUGCAAUCAGAUGCAGAAUUGAUAGGUACAAAAUAAGCCCAAUUCCAUUCUUGGUCGAUCUAUUGAAUGAUAUGUAACUAUAUGAUCGCCAAACAUAGUUAGUUAGUCUAUGCGCAAGACCAGAUGAUCAAUUUCUUUUCACUUCUUAAUAUAUAUAUAUAUUACCAGUUUGUAAAAUGAUAUUAUACUUUUUAAUGAACUCUAUCCAGUUAAUUGACAAAUCAUUGCUGUAUCAAUCGUAACUGCUAAACUUCUUCUCCUCUUCCAUUGUUUCUAGCUCUUUCUCUCUCUCUCUCUCUCUCUCUCUCCUAUUCUCUCUCUUUCUCUUUCUCAAUCCCCUCUCUCUCCUAUUUUAUCGGUCACUCUCUAUUUGUUUCUAUUGUAACGAUUUGAAAAAGCUGGCCCUACUGACAAACCGAUCAGCACAUGAUCCGUAUAAAACCCAUGAAUAUUAAAAGUAUAUCUAUAUUGUGGUAUCGUAAAUUUUAACUUAUUUUCUGUCAAUUUGAAGUACUUUUCCAAUGUAUCACUAUAUUUCACUGAUCUUUUUAAUCUGUCACAAUAAAGCAAUUAUUCACUUUUACAGUCUAUUGCAAUUAUUUUAAUAGCCGGCUCUCGUUACAAACAAACACGACCCGUUAAAAGUCAAAGAACAUCAGAGAGGAAAUAUCAUUGUAUGUACAUAUUUAUAUAUAUCUUUAUAUUAUAUACUUUUACUAUAAUCUUGAACAAAUUUUAAAUUCAUGUCACGUAAUGUUUGAUUUCACAUUUAUUUAUUGUAUUUUAAUGUUUUUAUAAAAUUGUCAAAAGUCACACAAUUCAGCAUUCGGGCUGCGAGAUGAUUUUAAAUAAAACAAAUCAUUUAUAUCACUGGUCCAUUAUAACAUGUCAAUAUAUCGUCAACAAUCAUUCAGGCUUCCAAUAUAAUGAAGUAAAAAUGUGUUUACUCCAUGGCCAUUGUGGUGUUGUUUGUACAUAUUUGAUAUGUCUAAACUUAUGGUAAUAUAUGCUGAGUAUCAGGUAAAAAGCUUUUUAAUUUUGUUUGCAAGUUCAAUACACAUGUAUUCAGAUAUUUCAGAAAUGUUUUGUUACUACAGUGUGUCUUGAUUGAACACAAUAAACAACAAUGUAAUCAUGACUAAUGAUAUAA